AUGACACGUCCGAUGUCGGCCUUUUCCCCAGACCAUCAUAAUUACACAUCCAAUGUCGAACAUGAAGCUCGCAUACCAGAAGCACCGUUAUUGCAUUAUAACGAUUCUCAAAUCAGCAUCCGUCAUAUCGGACACGAUUCCUUUUCAUUGCCUGCCCUUACGCUAGAAGAACGAAUCGAACUAGAGAAGUACAUUUGGCACUGGUAUCCUUGGCGACGGAUUAACUAUAGGAUACUUGAGGAUGGUCGGAAAGUGGAGCUGUUCUGUGAUGGGGGAUCUGCUAUAGACGAGCUGCCGGAUGAUAUUUUCACACAGGAACAGCGCCAGCAGGGGGCAAUCAUUCUUCAUUUUAUUGGUGCUAUCUACUUCUUCUGCAUCCUGGCUUACGUGGUGAGCGAGUACUUUCUACCGUCCGUCGAGUGUAUCUGCGAAGAUCUGAAGCUUACACAGGAUGUAGCCGCUGCAACCUUUAUGGCUAUUGCCGGAAGUAUUCCCGAGUUUUUCACAAACACGAUUAGCACGUUCAUAGCUGACUCCGACAUGGGACUGGGUACCGUCGUUGGAUCUCUACUGUUCAACACGUUAGGUUGUGCCGCACUGGCGGGCUUGGCCACCAGAAAGCCGGUGCAACUUGAUUGGUGGCCGUUGACGCGAGAUUCCAUUGUUUUCUCCUUACACAUAGCACUAUUGACGGCGUUUGCCUGGGACGGUCGAAUUUAUUGGUGGGAAGCCAUGGUUUUCGUAAUCUUACUCGCCAAUUACUUCAUCAUCAUGUUCCAGAACAGACGAAUAAUGAAUUUCGCUAAAAAAUAUAUUGAAGUAAAGUGGAAUUUGUGUGCACGAGUUGUUAAGGAGAUUGAAGAAAAUGAACGAGCAGAAGCAGAAGAAGCAGCACGGAACGGCCAGAGCGUCACGGGAGAAAAGCCAGUUACUGAAGCCCCCCGGAAGACCUUGGAAAAGCCGGGUGUUCGUAUGUCAACGGCGUCAAUCUUAUCAGAUCAAAUGGCGGAAACGCCUCUGAGAGCAGGAGAGUUGCACAUACCGUCCCGACAUACGGUGGCAGUUCCAGAUGACUAUCCAUCCAUGACACUUUGGAAAGUUUCUAGUGAAACUUGGUUACGCGCGUUCUGGUGGUUCUUCAGUUGGCCUAUGCGUUUCGUUUUGACAUUCUUAGUGCCAAAUCCGGCCACCAUGCGACGCUGGUAUCCACUGACGUUCGUUAUGUGUAUAAUAUUAAUCGGAUGCUGCUCGUUUUUCACGUUCUGGAUGAUGUCGAUUAUUGGAUACACCUUGGGAAUUCCAGACACCGUCAUGGGAUUGACUUUUCUUGCCAUGGGUGGUUGCAUGCCGGAAGCAAUUUCCGCGGUGAUAGUUAUCAGAACCGGAAAUGGCGCAAUGGGUGUUUCUAAUGCUAUGGGUGCCAACUCACUGGCGAUCCUGUUUUCGUUGGGAGUGCCUUGGUUCAUCCGUACGGUAGCUGACGGUGGUGCUUCGACUAAUGCAUAUUAUGUAAUCGCAUCCUAUGGAAUGCAGUAUUCGAUAGUGUCGUUGCUUUUUGCAGUUGCGUUUCUCUAUACAACGGUUUAUAUUGCGAAGUUCAAACUACGAAAGCGCGUUGGCUUGGCGUUAAUUUUUUUCUACGCUAUCAUAGUGACAUUUAUGUUGCUAAAUGAACUUGACAUCUUUUUCGAUUCAGGAAAUGAGUGUUAA